AAUGAUGCGACAGCUGAACAAAUUAGUUUGCUUACAACUAUUUAUAAUUCAGUGACAUCUAACGAUACGAAUAAAUUAACUAUUACAGAUUUGAAGUCCAUUUUUAAUAAACUUGAUCUGGUAAAAAAGGAUGAGGAAUAUGAUGUUAUGAUGAAAUUCCUUGAUUCUGAUAACGACAAUAAAACAGGACUUGACAAAUUUUUGAAACUAUUCACAUUAAAUAGUCAAAAAGAAAAACCGAAAAAAAUUGCUAAUCGUAGUGUAAUAGAUAAGAGUCUGUUUAAAUUUUAUUCAAAUGGACAGAAUUACAUCUAUGCUAAGGAUUUUAAUAAAUUUUUAAGUUCAAUGACAAAAGAAGAUAGAUUAAAUUAUCCUAUUGAGUAUUUACAAGCUAUUAUAAAAUCCAUAAACGAAAAAGAAAAGCAUCGUAUUUCUUAUAAUGACUUUUGUAAUACGAUUGGUGUUUCAUUCAGAAACAAAAAAAAUGAUGGUUGAAUAAAUGUUCCCAAAGAUAUUUAUUAAAUACUAUUACUUUUUAUUACAAUUAUUAUUAAUAUUUUAUAAUAUUCUCUAUACAUUCUUUUUAUCAAAUAUAUUGAGUAUCAGUUAGGAUUUGUUUAAUCAAAUAAAAAAAAUACAUGCACCUUUUGUAGUUAUUAUUAUUUAUCUAUUUUAGCUUCCAUGCGAAGCUGAGAAGGUAUCAAUUUCACUGUAAUGUGUUUUUUUCUCUUGUGUCUGUUCGUGCGUCAUGUCCUCAACGUUGUGGCUUUGACAACGGGAAGACGACUCAACGGAUCAUUUGCGGUGGGUCGUCUUCGACCGCACGGAAAUUGCUGGAACUUUGCACCGCACCAUAUGUCACGAGGUGUUGGCCAGUCAAAUACUCAUAGUAGGGCGACGGCUGAUAAAAGUGGCACGAGUCGUGGGGCAUCGUGUAUCAUGAAGCGACCCUGGACCGUGUCACCCUAUAAAUAUUUAUACGCACAAAUUCUUAGUUAGUAGCAAUGCCAAUUUAAUUAAUUAGUACAAGAUAUUUAAAAAAAUGCAUAUUCUUAAUAUAUUUGUGUUA